CUACAUAAUAAUCAAAGUAGCACGUGUAGCCAUGAGGCGCCGCCCCUUCGCGCGCGGCCUCUGCCUGCUUUCCUCAUCGGAGUCGCGAGACAGCGGUCCAGCGAAAGAUUCAGGAUGGCAAAGAAACUGCUGGUAGACGUCGACUGUGGAGUAGACGAUGCCCAGGCCAUCAUGGUGGCAUUGGCCGUACCGGGCGUGCAGAUCCUUGGUGUGACCUGUGUCCAUGGCAACACCACCACCGAAAACGUCUGUAAGAAUGUGCUUCGUGUUCUGAAGGCCUGCUGCAAACUGGAGAUUCCAGUGUUCAGAGGUGCCUCCAAGCCCAUCUUGGGGAUCACAAGAAAUGCAAGUUAUUUCCAUGGGGUUGACGGUCUGGGUGAUGCCCCUGAUCCCGAGGCUCCAGGCCUGGACAUGGUCCAGAAGGAGGGAGCUGUGUCUGCCAUGAUCCAAAUCGCCACAGAGCAUCCUGGUGAGGUGACCCUUGUGGCUACGGGCCCCUUAACAAACCUCGCCUUGGCUGUGAGACUUGACCCUACAUUUCCCCAAAAGCUCAAAGGCCUUUACAUUAUGGGUGGAAACACUGAGUCCCGUGGUAACACAACAGUGUGUGCGGAGUUCAACUUUGUCUGCGAUCCUGAAGCUGCUUACAUCGUCCUGAACGACUACCUCUGUCCAGUCUACAUUACCUGUUGGGAGUUCACUUGUCGCCAUAAGUUGCCCUGGGAAUUCUGUGAUGAAUGGCUUUCCCAAGACACAGAGAAGGCAAAGUUUAUGAAGAGAAUUUUCCAGCACUCUAUGAAUGAGGCCUACAGCCCGCAAGCUGAAAAGGAGAUGUUGGAUGGUUUUGGUUUUGUGUCAUGUGAUUCCUAUGCAAUGGCAGCGGCCGUUGAUGACUCGUUUGUAACGAAGUAUGAGCAGGUUGCAGUUACGGUGGAACUUGCAGGAACGUGCACACGAGGAAUGAUGGUCCUAGACACCCUCGAGCUUCUGAAUAAAAAGCACAAGGCUUUCCUUUUAAAGCGUGUGGACAUGGACAAGUUCAAAAGUUUGCUGAUAAAUGCACUAAAAUGAUGAAACCUUGCAGCUGAUAAAUCCAAUGUAUUAACUGACAGUCUUAACUAAAUCAGCGGAUCAAAGUCUGAUGCAACGGUGGCAUUGAAUAAUUUUAAUAAAAUACUGAUUUUACAGUG